GGAGAACUAUACAGACAGGUACGACACCUGGAGACUUCCUUGUUGUGACUCUGAGGCUUCAGCAUCUGGGCCAUGUUCUCCUCUGUUCUCCCGUACAAAAACCAGCACUACGCUGAUCUGAAGAGGGACUGUAUCAAGGACAAGAAGCUGUUUGAGGAUCCAGAGUUUCCAGCCACCAAUGCAUCGCUGUAUUUUAGGAAACCACCGCCUGGUACUGUGCAGUGGAAACGACCAGGGGAGAUCUCCAGCGAGCCCCAUCUGUUUGUGGAGGGAAUCAGCUCCCAUGACCUGAACCAGGGGCUCGUGGGUAACUGCUGGUUUGUUGCUGCCUGCUCUUGUCUGGCUUUGAAGCCAAACCUCUGGAAGAAGGUAAUUACUGACUGGAAGGAGCAGGAGUGGGAUCCCAAACACCCGGAAAACUAUGCAGGAAUUUUCCACUUCCAGUUCUGGAUUUUUGGGAAGUGGGUGGACGUGGUGGUGGAUGACCGGCUUCCUACAAUCAAUGGAGAACUCAUCUACUGUCACUCAAAACACAACAACGAAUUUUGGAGUGCUCUGCUGGAGAAGGCCUACGCCAAGCUCUCUGGCUGCUAUGAGUCUCUGGAGGGGGGAAACACUGGAGAUGCUGUGGUGGAUUUCAGUGGAGCUGUGGCAGAGGCCAUCAACUUGGAGGCAGAAGCUUUCUAUAAGGACCAGAAAAGACAAGACCAGCUCUUUGAGGAUCUACUAAAGGUCUACGACCGUGACGGAAUCAUAAGCAGCUCAAUUAAGGCAGCGCCUCAUGAAAUUGAGCUCAAAAUGGAAAACGGGCUUGUGAAAGGCCAUGCGUACUCAGUGACUGCAGUGAAGAAGGUGCGCUUGGGUCACGGUCUGCUGGCCUACUUCAAGAAUGAAACCAUUCCCCUGAUUCGCAUGAGGAAUCCCUGGGGCAAGACUGAGUGGAAAGGAGCCUGGAGUGACAGCUCCGAGGAGUGGUCGAAGGUUGGUGACACAGAAAGGGGCAACCUUGGCAUCACAGUGGAGGAUGAUGGAGAGUUCUGGAUGUCAUUCACAGACUGGUGCAAGUUCUUUACAGAUGCAGAUGUUUGCCGUAUCAUCAAUACUUCCCUGAUAAGCAUCCAUAAGACAUGGAAUGAGGUUUUGCACUUUGGGAGCUGGACCAAACAUGCGGAGCCACUGUUAAACCGCUGCGGUGGCUGUGCUAACCACAGGCAGACGUUCCUGCAGAACCCUCAGUACUUGUUUGAUGUCACAAAGGAGGUCGAUGAGGUCCUGAUCUCCUUGCAGCAGAGAGACAUGAAGAUCCACAGGAGAUUUGGUCAAGGAGAAAAUUUAACUAUUGGCUUCAGUGUCUUCAAGGUGGAGCUGAACAGGAAGUAUCGGAUGCAUGAUAUCCUGACCCAGAAGUGUGUGGUGACGUCCACCUACAUCAACGCCCGCACAGUGUUUAUGAGAUCCAUGCUGUCGCAGGGCCGCUACAUCAUCAUCCCCACCACCUUCAAGCCUGAGGCACUGGGGGAUUACAUGAUCCGAGUUUUCACUGAUGUGGACUCGGGCUGCAGGGAGUUGACAGAGGAUAAGCCAAAGGUGAAGUGCUGGAGUUCGUUCCUUGGAUAUCCGCAAGCUGUGACUCAUAUCUACGUCCAUGGAGCUGAAGGCCUGCAGAACCAGGACAGUACAGGAGGCGCAGACCCCUAUGUCAUCAUAUCCUGCGAGGGCCGGUCAGUACAAUCCACCGUCAAGAAAGACACAUUGCAACCAGAGUUUGCAACAAGCGGUGUUUUCUACAGGAAGAACCCCAGAAAGCCAGUAACUGUGGAGGUGUGGAACAGUAACCCAGUGAAGGAUGAGUUCAUGGGCCAAGUAGUGUUGUCCGGGUCGGUGAAGGACAUCGCUGAACCUCAGAAGCUUCAGCUGAGGAAACAAGGUCGACAGAUGGCUGACGAGAUGCCCGGUAGCAUCAGUCUGAGGAUCGUCACUUCCAGUCAGCUGACCAACAUUUGACCUCGUCAGUGUCCUGAGAGAGAGCUGAAUCGUUUUCAGCACUGAACUAUGUGGUCUUGUGAAAGUACUCAACAUGUACCAUCACCAAAGCACCAAACCAGUAGUGGCUCCAGCUGUUUUCUACCAUUGUACUGUCCAUAUUUGUAUGCAAUUACACUGAGUAUGUUGACGACUCAUUUGCAAAGUUGAGAGAUGAACAGGGCACUAUAUUGGACAGACUGAAUGUCAGUUCUUGUUAGUUAUUUUUUAUUCAAAUGUUUCAUAUUUCAAAUGAUCUUUAUUACUUUUUAAAUCAUUUUUUUGUAAUUUAAACAGUAUUUUUAUAAUGACGUUUUACAAGCUGCUUGUUAAGAUAUCAUUCCUUUUUUUUUUGCUGUUACACUAUAUAUACUGUGAGUGUUAUGGCAGUAAUUUGUCAUUCAAGUCUUACUAUACAUUCUUUAUAACUAUGGCCUAUAUAUGCAGAAAACCGUACUUUAUGAAUGACACAUAAUUCAUGUAUUGUGUAUACGCCUCCUCCUUUCCUUUCCUCAACUGGUUCACACCGUCAUGUUUUAUUCUCACGAUCAUCAAGUAAUAUGCAAAACCCUGAAAGGCAAAAAGAAUUAAAAGAAAUUCAACCCAAGAAUCACGGUAGCACUACAAGCAUUGCCACAACUCUGGUUUUCUUCCUCUUUUUAUUUCAGUCCAGUUCCCAAACUGCAAUAUUUUGUUUUUUUUUACACUCAAGACACAGCCAUGCACAAUUCAAAGUUCAAAAGGUCUAUUGCUUCAACCACAAUUAAAAAUAGUUUAUCCAAAACCUCAUUUCCCCGUCACUCAUUUGUCCUUUUUCAAAGAUGGGGAAAGGCCUGCUGAGGUAUGCCAGAUGGAUCAGCAGUUUUACAAAGCUAGACAAUAAUAAGAGUAAUAAUAAUAAUAAUGAUAAUAAUUUAAAAAGUAACAUUUUUUGUCUUUGUUCCAUUCUCUUGAUACACAUUAAUAGAGGAAUUUUCACACCACGUGUACAGGUUUACACAUUCAGAAGAUAGGAAUGUACAGGAGCAACCACAGAAAAGGAGCACGUCAGCGGUGUCUCUUGUCCCGAAAUUCACCUUUGUGCUCAUAGUUCAGACCUGUACAUGGGGGCAGAGGCCCAAAUGUCCGAGGGCCGGUGAAUUUUUGCACGAAGCUUCCUGACAGGCCACCUACACCUACCGCACACAUACAUACAUACAUGUACUAACACUCAGCAGUGGUACUCAGGACAGACUGUGUGGGCCCGCACACAGAGUGCUGCAUUCAUCGGCUCUCUGUCCAGAUGAAGGAGUGUCCGAUAAAGCCCAAACAGGAGAGUUGGAUCCAGGAGUGCAGAGACAGCGGUGUGUGUUUGUUUUUCUCUUUUUCAAUUUCCAGGGUGCAAAACAUUUAUUGAUACAUACCAUAGAGCAACCUGAAUAUUGUCAUUUUAAGUUACAUAAUUCUGAAAAAAGGAGGGGGUUUCCCAUCAUAUUUACAUACAUACAUACAUAUCCUAACAAUCUUAACCUAUUUGAGGAUGAGAUACAGUGUAUAGUGUGUUUUACAUGCAUGAAAUCUGUUGCAUCCUCCUGUCUAACAUCACUCCUUCAUCUUCUGUACAUCCGCUGUACAAUGGAGGUACAAUAUGACUAAGCAGCUACCCUGCACCUCAAAGUCAAGGUAGACAACAUGAGUGAGGCAUCUUCUAGCGCAGACUGAGGUAGCCCCCUAACAAACACAAACAUACACACUCUCCCACACACACACACACACAUACACACACACACAGGGAUGCUACGUGGGAAAUGCCUGACGAAGCUACCAAAUAUCGACACAAAGUAGUUUAUAGAUAACUUCUGUACAGGAAUGAGUUUAAACGCUAACCAGGUAUGGAAGGAAUGUUAGCGAACAAUGUGAACCUCUACUACAGUUUCUGUUUUCAGUGCUCAUUAGGACAAGGUACAAUCAUAUAAAAUGGCACUCGCUACGUUGUUCAGGGAUUAGUUAGUGGAUAACACUCCCUCUGUAAUCUGCCACACGUUCCCAAAACUCCCUAUGAAACAUACAGAUCAUAUGAAAAAAAAUUCACAUAAGACACAAUUAAAAGACAAAAGGACACUGAAGCAUGAAUGAGCAGCAUCUUAAAUACAGAAAAGGAGAAGAGGGGGAGGGGGCAGGAGGAGGACAGUUGGUGGUAGACCCUCAUUUGACAUGAAUGUUGUUGUAUAUUCAGUAUUUCUACCUGGAAAGGAAGGGCAGGAUUUGUUGGUAUUGAAUCCAAAAAUGUGUAGUCACAGUCAUGUAAUGUAUUCUGCUGCAAUAUGAGAUAAGGCCAAAAUAUUUACUUGUCCCCAUACCUCUGAAAAAGUAGAGGAAUAUUUUAUUGUAUUGUAUCUUUGCAUGUUGCGGGCAUCUUGAUAUUUCCUGCUUAAGGUUUAAGGACACAUGGAUGCUUGGGGCAUUGGACUUCCAACUCUCUGUAGGUAAAUAAUUACAUGACCUUCUGUUUGCUGGUGUCAAAGCUCAUUGACACAAGCUCAUUUGAAAAUCUGAAAUGUUUAGAUUCAGGAUUACAUGCAGUCAACUUUGUUCCAGCACCCUAAAAAUGACCCUAAAAAGCGAAACAUACAGCGCCAGUCAAAAGUUUGGACACUUUCUCAUUCAAGUGAAUCCAAACCUUUGACUGGCAUUGUAUAUACUGUAUAUUUAA